AUAAACAUAAGAUGAAAAAAAAAGAAACUAUAGGGAGGAGAAAUGAAAAAUAGAGAAUGGCAAAGUUCUCUGUAGGGAUCGAAGAAGAUGGGGAAGGGCCAAGCAACCGAGUCGCUAAGCGUCAAAGGGUCGUUCGCGUUUCCGAUUUAGUCUGCCCUGUUCAAGAAGACGCAGAGCAAGAGGACGAAAGAGAAGAAGAAGAAGAAGAAGAGGAAGGGGAAGAGGAAGAAGAGGAGGAAGAAGAAGAAGAAGACGAAUACUACGACGAAGAAGAAGAGGAAAGUGGGGCUGAGCAAGGAGCCAUGAGCCUUGAGACUAAUAGAGAUGGGUCUAUUUCUAUUACCCUAACUGACCCUGAAGUUCUUGAUUGUUCUAUCUGCUAUGAGGCCUUGACCAUUCCAGUUUUUCAGUGUGAGAAUGGGCAUAUAGCUUGCUCGAUCUGUUGCAUCAAAAUUAGGAAUAAAUGUCCAUCCUGCGCUACCCCUAUUGGUUAUAGUCGCUGCAGGGCCAUUGAGAAGGUUCUGGAAUCAGUCAAAGUGUCAUGCCAAAACACAAAGUAUGGGUGCAGAGAAGCAUUCAGGUAUAGUAUAAAGCAGAAACAUGAGAAGAUAUGUCCUUAUGCACCAUGUUCAUGCCCCCUUGCUGAUUGUAACUUUGAGGGUUCAUCAAAAGAGUUAUAUGAACACUUCAGGGAUAAACACAAGUAUUCUGCAACACGUUUUCAGUAUGAUCACACGAUAUCCAUUACCGUAGGAAUUGAUGAAAGGUUCUGUAUUCUUCAAGAGGAGCAAGAUGGUUCUUUAUUUAUUCUCAACAAUAAGGUUGAAACUUUGGGAAAUGUAGUCACUUUGAGUCGGAUUGGGCCCUCGGAAGAGAGAGGUUUCUUCUAUGAUCUUAUGGCAAAAGCUCUGACAGAGGCAAGUACCGUUAGAUUACAAUCCUUCACGAAGAGCACUCCAAAACAGGUUGAUAACCCACCUUCAUUGGGGUUUCUCCUGGUUCCGAGUCAGUUCUCUUGCAAUUCUAGGAAGCUCAAGAUGGAUCUCUGUCUGCGGCAUCACGCUUGGCGCUCUCCAACCCGAUGGCUAUGUGGAUAUGUUACACCUUCGAAACCAAAGCAAGUCAUGGCUUGUGAAAGGUUCAUGUAAGCCUUUACUAUGGAAAAUGGUCCAGUAACUGACUUUACUCAGUGGGAGGAGGUUAGAACCAUUCGUAAUGUGCUGUAAAUUAGACUAGACAUUGGUGUAGACGAAGAGGCCACUUUGAAGUGAUUCCUUGAUUCUGGACCUUUUGGUUUAUUUCUAGCGGCAGAGUUCAUACUGUGUAGUAACCGUGGGGGAUAUUAAGGAGGGGAAAUGGAAACUUAGCCAAUUGGAAUACAAGUGCCAAAUAACUGCUCCUUAUAUAUGUUAUUUGCAAAACAUCUUUUCGUUUAUUUAUGGAGGAAUGUGCUGGCUGAAACAGUUUUUGAAUAAUGACAUUUUAUCUCAGAGCAGAGUAAUGACA